GGCUGAGCUUCAACCCUAACGCAAGCCCCCGGCAACUUUCGCCCAUAACCCCUCCCUCCGAAACGGUGGCCACCUACGCUGUAUAUACACUUCUUGUUUGUUCAAGCUACCUACAAUUCACCUCACGGACAAACCAUCACUUUUACCGCCUUCUCAGAGUAAAUAUGGCGGACAGUGCACCACCAACUUCCGUGCCAAAUGAAGAUUCGCCACCACAAGGAAGGACCAGUAAAAAGAAAGUGGGUGCCAAACCCAACCCGUUCAUAACCGAUAUGCCAGCCUGGAGGCGGGAAAAAAACCGUAAAGCACAGCAAGCACUCCGAGAGCGUAAGGCGCAAGAACUUUCCCGACAACAGGAGGACACCAGAAGCCUUCAGACUCGGAUUUCCACCUUGGAGCAGGACAACCAGCAACUUCGGCAGUUACUGGCUCUUGCUUUUUCUGCCUGGUUUCCGCAAGACACAGAGGUUAUUGGCCAUGAAGGCGUGAACGAUGCUGUUAUGCUCGCUGCAAGAGCGCUUGCUGAGUUGCGGGUUGCUGGUUCGUUCCGGCGGAACGAAGAAGUCGUCCAGGAUAAUCAGCAGCCCACGACGCCAUCGCUCAAUGCACCACCAUCUACCUGCUGCCCAGCCACCAUAGAGCCAGAUAUCGUGUCAAAAUGUGCAAAUUCCGUCCCAUGUUUUGUACUCCGAGACAAGAUACUGCAAUACGGGGCGCAAGUGGACAUGAAUGCCCUGUGUGAGGAAUUGAUAGUUCCGUGCUCGAUGUCAUGGAGAUCCGUGGGAUGCUGGCAACUGGACGAUUCCGGCAGAUAUUUUCGACCGGUUCCCACUUCUGAAAGGAUAAAAGGGAGAGGACAUCGCUUGCGUUUGCGAUAGGUUAUAGCAUUUCCUCGGCCAAUGAUACGUGUUGCAACAUUAAUCAACCUGCAUCGACACUCCUUAAAUCACUGCCAGAGCAGGACAUGCGUUUUCUAUUAAAGAAACUCUUACGUUCCCAAGUCAACAAUCACCCUCUACAUGCAAUGCAUAUGGCCUUUGGGGAGGCGGCAACGCCGCCGAAGGCGAGAUCUUGUACUCUUUAAUAAUAGG